AUGAGGCCCAGAAACAGGGACCAUGUGGACCUGAGGAAACCUGCUGCUGCUGGGAUCUGUGUCUCAGGAUAUCUGGUCUCUGUGUAUCUGAAGGCCAUCACGGUGGCCCCCGGCGGAGCCGCGGUGUCGGUGAACAUGGCCACCCCUCAGAAGACCCAGACCGUCAUCACAGCGGGGGGGACGCCUGUGGCGAAACCUGCCGGUGUCCCAACCACCCCUCUGACCAGCACGCCGCCCACCACCCCCACCACGCCCGCCAACAGAGUCACGGUGGUGUCGCAGGAAAUGCAAGAAAACGUAAAGAAAUGCAAGAACUUCCUCGCCACGCUCAUCAAGCUGGCGUCUCACAACUCCCCGUCCCCAGAAACCUCCAAGAAUGUGAAGGCCCUGGUUCAGGACCUGCUGGAUGCAAAGAUUGAGCCUGAGGAGUUCACCACUCGGCUACAGGCUGAGCUCAAGUCCUCCCCACAGCCCUACCUCAUCCCCUUCCUCAAGAAAAGUCUCCCCGCCCUCCGUCAGUCUCUGCUCAGCAGUCAGCAGUCUCUGGUGACCCCCAGCACCUCAACGCCUCCCGUCGCUGCGCCCGGCUCCGUCACCACCACCGCCAUCAGACCACGCCUCCCCAUCAGCCCCGCCGGCAACACGGUCAGACUGAACCCUCCGCUCAACACUAUGGCUGUAAACAGAGCAGGAAUUCAGACCGUUCAGACACGCUCACCUGUCGUCUUCAGUCAGAACAUCAGACCUCAAGGAACUCUUCUAAGAGGACCCACGACCAUCAUCGGCAAGAGUCCGGUUCACCUGGCAGCUCAGGCCAAUCAGAAGAAGCUGAGUGACCCUGGGGGCGGGACUUUCAGAGACGACGAUGACAUCAACGAUGUGGCGUCCAUGGCGGGCGUCAACCUGAACGAAGAAAACGCCCGUAUCCUAGCGACCAGCUCAGAGCUAGUGGGGACGAAGAUCCGGUCCUGCAAAGACGAGGCCUUCCUGCCCACCGGCCUGCUGCACCGCCGCAUCCUGGACACAGCUAAGAAGCUCGGUGUGAGCGAGGUUCCUCUGGAAGUGGUCAACUUGAUCUCACACGCCACGCAGUCCAGACUUCGCUCCCUGCUGGAGAAGGUUUCAGCCGUCGCUCAGCACCGCACAGACGGGGGCAAGGAUGAAGAGCAUCACGAGCCGACGUCAGACGUGCGCUCUCAGCUGCGGUUCUUCGAGCAGUUGGAGCGGAUGGAGAAACAGAGGAAGGACGAGCAGGAGAGAGAGAUCCUGCUGAAAGCUGCCAAGAGUCGAGCCAGACAAGAGGACCCUGAGCAGGCUCGUCUGAAGCAGAAAGCUAAAGAGAUGCAGCAGCAGGAACUCGCUCAGAUGAGACAACGAGACGCCAACCUGACGGCGCUCGCCGCCAUCGGGCCACGCAAGAAACGCAAAAUGGACUCACCGGGAGGGUCGUCGUCCGGCACAGAGGUGGCCUCAGGUUCGGGUGCAGGCUCCUCCCCCGCGGCCUCGUCACGCCAGCAGCUCCGUCAACGGAUCACACGAGUUAACCUCAGGGACUUCAUCUUCUGUCUGGAGCAGGACCGCUCCACUGCUCGCUCUCUAACGCUCUACAAGGCUCUGCUGAAGUGAGGAGUCUGUCCUGAGAGCGCUCUGCAGACCCCAGACUGGAUCACUCUUCCUCCUCCUCCUCCUCCUCCUCCUCAGACUCUCACCUCCUCAGAGGGGUCCAUGUUUGCCUCCUGCAGCGUUUUUAACCUUUAGUCUGUCCUCAGAAACUUCAAGUGUCUCUUCUUUGUGGAAGGACGAGUCCAAGCAGCUUGUUCAGGAGCCCGGCUUCAGUCUGCACAUUCAGAUCCACCUCAGCCUCCAUCAGAGAGAACCGACCCACCGCCAGACCCUCAGACCGACUCAGACCCGCUCAGACCCGCUCAGACCAGCUCAGACCCUCUCAGCCUGCUGAGCAAGAAAACAGCAGGGUCAGACUCAGACCAGGGCCUCCUUUGGUCCCCCUCUCGUCCUCCUCUCGUCCUCCUCUCGUCCUCCUCUCGUCCCCCUCUCGUCCUCCUCUCGUCCUCCUCUUGUCUCCUCUCG